AUGUGCAAGAGGUACAAUGAUGCUAGGUUGCAUGAGUCUUCCCACCAGGCAGAUUUUGAACGCAAGAUAAAGAGGGCGACGACCUUCGAGCCAGGACAUAAAUCAGAUCAACACGCUCAGAAUCAACCGGUCAAACUGAAUACUACCUUCACUGCAAGGAUUCUGGGUACACUGGGAGCUACAGCGAUGCCGCAUCAAUGCUUCGCCUACGUGGUGCUGGCUAGUCUCAUUUCAUCACGAGUUCUAGCUACACCUACCGGACGGCCUUCUGUUGCCGCAAGAUAUGCAGCUAUGUGUGACGACCCCAGUUUAUCCUGGGAUGAGAAGAAGGAUGCUUCCUGCCCAAUUUGUAUAAUGGAUAGCUUUCCGAUGGAAUUGUUCGACCAGUAUUGUGGCCCAACUAUGGCUCCCUCUGUUACUCACCAAUAUGCCACGGGCGUCUGGCGACGUGACGAUGGGUCAGAGGAUGAGCUGGCAACUCUCGUUAAAUCAGUAGCUAGAGACCCCGCUGAUGAUAGCGAGGUUAACGAAGAAGAUACGAAGCUUCAUGCUCUUCCCUACCUCAACCGUCAUCCGGAUCUUGUACCGGUUCUUACUGAUACCGGCAAGCAUAUCAGGCCUUUCCCCAUCGCUAUGCCGGCUCCUACUGAGCCUCCACAAACCAUCAACCCAAGGCCCAUCUCAGAAAUCAACCCAGGUUUUCCGGCUGACGAUGAGAUACACUUGGCCAGCAAGCGUAACAGUAUCCAAAGCAUUGAGCCUGUUGAUAAGGAUUUGUCAGAACACCUGAUUACUAGCGGUCUUUGGGCUGAGCGUCACCACAAGGCUGGUGUUAUUUACCGCCGCGAAGAUGCCCUUUCCGAAACUGAGCCAGCAGUAUCCUCCCUGCCAACCAAGGCUAUGACUGCAGAAGGUGAUGAAGACUUCGUCUCAAAAGAAACUGUAGCGAGUGUUUCUGAUCAGGACCCGGAGGUCUCAGAGGAUCAAAUUGCAAUGAGCCUUGACAAGGUUACUCACAAACCUGCUUCUGUAAUCUGGCGUAGGGAGGUUUCCCGUCCAGCCAACAAUUUCAGACUAGGAUAUCCAUUACACAUGGCCAAUGGUCGCACACCUAAUCGGUUAGUUAACAGCGUGGAGCCUCUCGACAAGGCGUAUCAAAAACGGGAGCCAAGUCCAGUGCCCCCACCAGAAUUCUUCGAACACGGCCAUUCACCUUCCAAACCACUACCCCCUUUGAACCCUAACCGGCCAAUUGCUGUUCCAUCCGAAGACUGGACCACCUACGAAGCCCCUCACGUCCUCGCCCGUCAAUCUCCAGGAGCAUCCGAACCCGGCCUAGGCGACGACUACGCCGAGUACGAAAAACAGCGUAAAAAAGACGAGAAAAAGAAAGUAAAGGAAGAAAAGAAGACCCCCAAAGCCGAACAAAUCUACUCCACCAAACCCCCACAGGUAUGGUUCACCCCAGCCAUAACCCACACGCAAGUCAGCAACAUCCACCGUCGCGACGACAACGACAAUGAUGCCGCCGCCACAGACCCGCAACAACCAAUCGCUACCCCCGACCUUCCACUCGCUGAAAAACCAACCUGGAAAUACACCCUCCCCUGGUUCACCCCGGCCAUCGCCCACGAAGAAGCAAGCGACAUCCACCGCCGCCGCGGCUACACCCAACCCGCCGAUCUCGACUUCGCAGACGGCAAACGUCCCGUCUGGACCCCGUCACUGACACACAUGAAAUGGCCGGAUAUUCAUCGUCGUGGGGAGAAGAUCGUGUGGGUGAAUCGGCCGCCGACGGGGUCGAAUCCGGCCAAGACGCAUGCGAUGACGUGGAGUAUUUUUCGACGUGGGGAGGUUGGAGUUAGACUAAGUUAA